UACAUUCGACAUUCUACAGUUCAUAUACCUCAGCACGUCUUGGAGGUAAUCUAUUACUGCCCGAAUUUCCCCUGAACCCUCGAUAAACACCCAACAUGUCUGCUCCCGGUGGUGGUGGUGCUUACUCAUUUUCCCUUACAACCUUCUCCCCUUCCGGUAAACUCGUGCAAAUAGAACACGCCCUUGCCGCUGUUGCCGGUGGGACUACUUCUUUGGGUAUCAAGGCUACCAAUGGUGUUGUGAUCGCCACCGAGAAAAAGUCUCCCUCCAUCCUCCUCGACACCUCUGCUCUUGAGAAGGUUGCCCCGAUUUGCCCCAAUAUCGGCUUCGUUUACUCUGGUAUGGGCCCUGAUUUUAGGGUGCUUGUCGCCAAAGCUAGGAAGAUUGCGCAAGCAUAUUGGAAGGUGUAUGGAGAGUAUCCUCCCACAAAGGUCUUGGUGCAGGAGGUGGCUGCUGUUAUGCAAAAGGCGACUCAGUCUGGUGGUGUGAGGCCGUACGGUAUUUCUGUGCUUAUUGCUGGAUGGGAUUCCCACAGGGGUCAGUCCUUAUGGCAAAUUGACCCUUCAGGAUCUUAUUGGGCAUGGAAGGCGAGUGCGAUCGGGAAAAACAUGGUGAACGGCAAGACUUUCUUGGAGAAGCGAUACAACGAUGAUCUUUCCCUCGAAGAUGCCAUCCAUACUGCUCUCCUCACUCUCAAAGAGGGCUUUGAAGGCCAAAUGACAGAACAAACUAUCGAAAUCGGUAUUGUAACAUGUCCUACGCCCGAGCAGAUGCAGGAAAAGCCUGGGGAGAGGUUGCCUCCUACAUUUAGGAAGUUGACUGAACAGGAAGUAAAGGAUUACCUUUCGUUGUAGAACACGGCAGGAAGUGAUGUAUACAGUAAUGCACCAUAUGACAUACCUUCCUGCGGUUUGCUCUUGAUAUUGCCAACCUCACAAGUUAUACGUUCCUUCGCCGUCUCGUGCGCUUCUCGACUUGCAGCUCAAUGCCGAACGUAUUCAAAACUCUUGUUGGUGACUUCGAUACCAG